AUGUCUGAAGAAACAAUUAUGGAUGAUCAGAAAAUUAAAAUUGAGCCACUAGAACUUUCAAUAGAAGACACAAAACUUGAAAAUGAAUGUGAUUUUGAAGGUAUUGUUAAGUCUGAAUCAUGUUUAGAAGAUGAUGAAACUUGUCUGGAAAGAUUUAUGAAUUCCGAAAUAACUAUUGAAGAAGAAAUCAAACAUGAGGUAAUUGAGACACCCGAUUGUGAAUAUGACAUUUCUAAUAGAACAUUUUCAGAAUCUAAUUAUUUGAAAGAGCACAUGGUUGACCACAUACCUAGAAAUGGCAAAAAUGGAAACAUUAAAUGCAAUGUAUGCGAUAAGACAUUUAAAUAUUCGUCAAAAUUGCAACGACACAUGAUUACUCAUAGCACAGAACGCCCUAUCGAAUGCAAAAUCUGUCAUAAGACAUGGAAAGAUAAAAGCGCUUUGACAAAACAUAUGCUUAUUCAUACAGGAGAACGACCUUUCAAAUGUGAAAUAUGCAAUAAGACAUUUUCACAAAAAAGUAGUAUAAAAUCACAUAUGGUCACUCAUACCAAAGAGCGUUCUUUUAAAUGUGUAAUAUGCAAUAAGACUUUUUUACAAUCGAGUCACUUGAAUAGGCACAUGCGUAUUCACACAGGGGAACGCCCUUUCAAAUGUAAAAUAUGCAGUAAAACAUUCUUACAAUCGGGUGACUUGAAAAGGCACAUGCGUAUUCAUACAAGGGAUCGCCCUUUCAAAUGUGAUACAUGCAAUAAGGAAUUUGCACAUUCGAACAGCUUGAAGAGACACAAGGUGACCUGUUCAUAA